UUGGCUAAUAAUUAAACGUACUGGUGGCUUUCCAUUCGUCUGCAUUUGCAUUGUUGUAUUUUGUGGCAGAUUCAUCGGGGUAAAUCAUUAUGGUUACAUACUGUUACAUAUAUAUAUCGGGGUAAAAUCCAUCAAGCAUCUUUGUAACACAGCAGGGAGGCAUUAUACAGGAGGGAAUAUUUCCUCACUUGCAUCUUUGUUACAGAGCAGGGAGGCAUUAUACAGGAGGUGCUAAUUUCUCACUAGCUCCGCUUUGUGAGGGAUUGCUCAAUCUGACGUGAGGCGCCGCUCUUUGCCUUACCCCGCUUGUCUCCUCUGCUCAGGUCACGAGCAAAUUCAGCUAUUUUGGUUAUAAAAUUAUUUAAGAUCAUUGGAAUCAUACAAAAAUUACAUUUAUAGCACAGAUAAGUAGAACAUAUUAAUAUCUGGGUUUUUUUCAUUAUAUAAUUUAACAUAUGUGUUGUGUUUUUAUUAUCUUAAUUUCUAAUGGACCAAUGAUAAUUCGUGAAUACACUAUGCCCGCGAAAUCGCGGAGCGAGCUGUCAGUUGAAGUCUAUCAAAAAUGGAUGGUGAACGUACUUAUCCUCCGCUGAAAAAGCGGCGAAUUUCUGAACAGCGCUUCAAGCUAGAAUAUAACGCAGAAUGGCCGACCAUCACCCGGUCGAAGCUGGACGACUUCCACGCUUACUGUAUGUUGUGUAAGACAGAUUUUAGCGUGAGGCAUGGGGGCCGACACGACGUUGAAAAGCACAUCAGGACUGCUAAACACACGUCAUACAAGGCGGCAGUGGAAGCUACAAGGCCCAUCGCGGGCUUCUUUACGGUUGACAGUGACACCAGUGUCAUAAAUGCCGAAGUGCUCGCUGUGGACUUUCUGGUGGAACACAACAUCCCGAUCGCGGUGGCCGACCACAUCGGGCCACUGGUGAAAAAGAUGUUUCCGGACUCGAAAAUCGCUGGAAAGUAUGGGUCUGGUCGCACAAAGAGCAGCGCCAUUGUUGGAGCUCUUGCCAAGGAGGAUGCGUCUGUGAUCACGGAGGCAAUGAGGACAGCUCCAUACUCCCUAGCCACGGAUGGGAGCACUGACUAUGGAGACUGUAAGCUGUAUCCUCUUGUUGUGAAGUACUUUGAUCGAGGACUUGGGCGUGUUCUGACAGUACUCCUAUCUUUGCCAGAGUGUCAUGAGGCAUCUACUGGGCAGAACAUAUUCAAACUCAUUGACAAUGAACUUGAGAAACGUAGCAUAUCCUGGGACAACUGCAUGAGUUUUGGGGCAGAUAAUGCCAUGGUGAUGCAGGGACUCAAAGCUGGCACGGCAGGCUACAUCAACAAAAAAAACAGUGCAGUAUAUGUGCUGGGAUGCCCGUGCCAUCUAAUUCAUCUAGCUGCAGAAAAAGCUGCUGCUCAGCUUCCAGUGUCCAUUGAAGAGCUGCUGGUGGACAUAUACUUCUACCUAGACAAAUCCAGCAAGAGGAAACAGGGACUGAAGAAAUUUCAGGAUCUGUGUGGAGUGGAAAUGAGAAAGAUUGUUAAACAUGUAAGUACGAGGUGGCUCUCUUUAGAUAAAUGCAUCGCCAGGUUGUUGCAGCAGUGGCCUGCAUUGCUGCAAUACUUUGAGUCAGAAAAGUCUGGGCACAGCAGCAAGGACAAGACCACGCAGAGCAGCAGCAAGGACAAGACCACGCAGAGCAGCAGCAAGGACAAGUCCACCCACAGUGUUAGCAAGGACACAUCAACCCACAGUAGCGGCAGCAAGGACAAUUCUCAGUUUGAUUUGGCAGGCUAUCUCUUUCGCCAACAAAACCUAGCCAAAUUCUGUCAGGGAAAGAAAACACCAGCAGCUGCAACCACACAGCCCAAGACUGCAACGGCAAAGCCCAACACAUCUAGCGCUGCACCCACUCGGCCCAAGACAUCUAGCACUGCACCCACUCAGCCCAAGACAUCUAGCGCUGCACACACUCAGCCCAAGACAUCUACCACUACACCCACUCAGCCCAAAACAUCUAGCACUGCACCCACUCAGCCCAAGACAUCUAGCACUGCACCCACUCAGCCCAAUACAUCUAGCACUGGAGCCACUCAGCCCAAGACAGGGGCACAACAGAGAGUGCAGAGGGCAUGUCAACAUCUGCAGGACCCAACAUUCCAUCUUUACUGCUACUUUCUAAGUGCGGUCCUGCCGAUAUUUGAUGAGGCCAACACUCUGCUGCAGCUAGACAAACCCUGCAUACAAAUACUACACAGGACUUUGACCACACAGCUGAAGAAUCUCUUGAAACGAUUUGUGAAGCCUCAGGUGAUCAAUGCAGCUGCUAAGGUUCACCAGGUACCAUUCAGGGAACCAAGCAACCAGAAGAGCAAUGAGACCUUGUUCAUUGGGCAAAACACCAGAGACUUCAUAAGAGAUCACCCUGAGCUUGAGGAGCUGCAGCUUGCCCAGGUCUUCAGCGCUGUGCGGGCAUUCUACAUGAAGGCUGUUGAGUACAUGGUGAAGAAGUUUCCCUAUGAUGACCCAGUGAUAAGGAAUGCUUCUGUGGCUGACAUGUCUUCACGGGACAGCGCAGACUUCAAUUCUGUGAGGUACUUCACAGGCAGAUUCCCCUGCUUGAAGAUGAGUGCUGAGGAGAUGGACAAGCUUGAGGGUCAAUUCAUGACCUACCAAACCGAUGCUCUGCCAGAAAGCAUCACCAGCUGUGACAGACCAGACACACAGUGGCACCUGAUGAGUCAGCUGAAGGAUGGAAAUGGCCAUCUCAAGUACCCUUUACUCUGCAAGGUAAUGCUGGCUAUCCUCUGCAUCUUCCAUUCCAAUGCAGACUGCGAACGCAUCUUCAGUCUUGUCACAAAAAACAGAACGGAGUUCAGACCUAGUAUGGGAAUGGAGACCCUGAGUAACCUCAUUACCCACAAACAAUUCAUGGUGGCAAAGGGGUCUGUCUGCUACAAGCAGGCGUACUCCAAGACAACUCUUGCCAAGGCCAAGUCAGCAACCUAUGACCAUCUAAAGUGAGAGGUUGAUGAGAUGGUCAUGUCACAGCCAAAGGUUCCCUUGAGUUGAACUCUGUUCUAAAAAAAGGCUGUGUAAAGGUUU